AUGGCAAUGCCGUGUGCCAAAAACAACAUUCCUUUCUCCUUCCAUGAUGACUUCAACAAGUGUGUAGCUGACAUGUUCCUGGACUCUGCUAUUGCACAAAAAUACUCAACGGGAAAAACGAAGGCUACUCAGCUCAUCAAAGUUGCCAUAGCAGCAGAACUACAGGAUGAGUUGGCCAAAACAUGCCGAUCUCAGCCCUUUUCACUGAUGUGUGACGAAUCCAACAACAGAACAACAGACAAAGAAUUCGUCAUCCUGACUAGACUCUACGAUGAGGCCACUCUGCAGGUCGCUACAAGAUUCCUGGAGAUGCCUACAUGCAAUGUAGGAAAUGCAGAAAAUCUGUAUGGAAAGCUGAGUGAGGCAUUAAGACUGAAGACCAGCCAGCCCCACAUCCAGGACCUUGGCUGCAUCUGCCACCUGGUACAGCUGGCCAUUGGCUGUGGCAUCAGAGCAGCCCAGGUACCGGUGGAAGACAUCCUGGUGGGGAUAUACACCCACUUUGAUAAAAGUGCAAAAAGAUGUGAAGUCUACAAAGAGUUUGUAGACUUCACUGAUUCAGACCACCUGAAGCUCCUCAGGUACUGCAGCACAAGAUGGCUAAGUCUGUUAACCUGCAUCCAGAGGGUGCUGAACCAGUGGGAUGCACUACAGGCCUACUUUAACAGUCAUAAGGAAGUAGAGAGGAGUGUUAAAGUGCGUGAUCUGGCAAGCCAUCUGCGUGAUCCAAUCAUGAAGACCUAUUUCCUGUUCCUGAGUGCUGCCCUUAAGCCUUUAUCUGAAUUUAACAUUGCCUUCCAGUCAGAGGGAGUACAAAUUCACAGACUUGAAGAGGAGAUGUGCAGGCUGAUAAAGAGGAUCCUGGGCUACCUCAUACCAGCCAGGGCAAUCGUGGGUGUACCUCUCAGGGAGGUGGAGUAUGGAGAUGGACAUCAGUUGGCUGAUGAAGAUCUCUUUAUCGGAGCAGACACAAAGGCAUUCACGAGAAGCGCUGAGCUCCCUGUGUCAGCCGAGAAGAAAAUCUUUCAAACGGUGAGAAGCUUCUAUGAGGCAGUGCUUAAGAAGAUGUUCUCCACCUUUCCCCUCGACCUUCCACUCCUGAGGGACCUGAAAUUGCUGGACCCUGCAGCUCGCCUUAACAUAACUCCAGGGACAGGUAUGCUGAAGAGUUCGCACACCUGGGUUUGAACAACUGAUCAAAUGGCUAUCCGAAAAAAACCUGCAAACACAUCGGUGUCACGAUCACUGCUUCACAAAGCGGUGAUCGUGCGGGUCGGCAGGCAGGAACAGGAAGACAACCGAAAUCAGGGCAAAACUAGGGGUUUAUUACGGGUAUGAAGCACGGACAUCAACUCACAUCAGGUAACAUCAAUGACGGACAGGGCAAACAGGUAAGACCAGGACUUAAAACAGGACAGGACUAAUCAAAGUAAUCGGACACAGCAGGAGACGAUCAGGGAAGCACACGUGGGUAAUCAGGGGGCGUGGCACACACGAGGAGCAGACGAGCCGGGCAUGACAAUCGGCCCUUUCUGAAUAAGAUUGCCCACUCCUGUAGUAGCAUAUGCAGUUACUGUGUAUUGCUUGGUAAAGGAUGUUGUGUACCCAGUGGUCAUUGUGCCAUAUCGUACACUUCGCCAGUUUUUAGUUAAAAAAGAGAGAGAAAUAAUAAAAAAAACGUUAAUAAAAUAAAAAGAAAAAAAUAAAACCCAAAAAUAAUUAUAAAUUAUAAUCCCUUGUAUGUGUACAUGUGUGUAUUUGUAGCCCUAUGCAGACCAUUGGGUGUUGUGCAGUUUGUUCAUUACACACAUAAUUUCAGAGGGACAACAGUUACCUUAGAAAAGAGUACAGCACUUUGAUGAGGUACUCCUUAUUCACUGACAGGUAUCAGUGCCAUAAUGGAAGAGUGGAACGAUACUACAGCAGUCAGAUACAAAUUCAUGCUUUUGAUGUCUGUGAUGUUUGGAUAUUACAUACAUCUGUAAUAUCUGUAAUACAGUCAGCCACCAACAUUCUGUAAGCAACAACGUCGGACCAGGAAAUUGUAAGUGUUCAUAGUGUGAUUGAAACACAAUGAACUGAAAUCAAUGUAAUUACAGAUAGAACGUCUUUCACAAAAUGCAGCGUCAUAGCUAAAAGUUUACCACUCCAAGAAGCAUCUCAUUAUUUUGCCGCUAUUGCUAUUUCCGAGUUUUUCACUUUAUUGGGGUUAUGUGACUGACACAAUAAAUUGAUGACAUAUAUACAGUAUAUAUUUAUGUUAUAUGUUUAUAUAUUACACAGUUUGCAAGGUUUUGUACGCAAGUUAGACCAUUAAUAUUAUAAAGUUUGUUAGUUUUUGCGCACGACUCACCGUCAGUCAGACCAAUCAUUGCUGGAACCAUUGUAUUUCCAACGAACUAAUGUGGUUCAAGCUACUGUGGUACGACGGUUUUGGGAAACAGUCGUAUUUCGGAUGUUGGUUAUUUUGAACCGGACCAUAGUACGAUGCAUCGUUAAUGCUAACUUCCGUCGUUGUUUGGGAAACGCACCCCCGUUUGUAAGUUUAAAAUGCAUUAAAGCACCACAUAAAUUUGUCUACUGCAUCAAGGCUUUUUGACUUUGUCAGGAACCUCUAUUUUAUUUUUUUUUUUUUAUUAAAGUCCCUCCACCACUCCCCCAUGCAGAGGACUGCUUUAUUUCUAUUUAUUUAUUUAAUUUUAUUUAUUUCCUC